UUUUGCACAGCCAACAAAAAUCAACAUGAGCCAUCACUUCUCAAAUUCAUGAACAAAUGGGUUAUCAACCAAUUUUAUAGCUCUUACACCGACGAACUGGAACUUUUGCGGUUGAUCGGUAAAGUAUAGAUAAGAUUGCGUUUACUUUGGAACAGAGAUCCGACAUGAGCGGACGAACAGCGUAAAAAUGCGGCUCGGCUAUGCUUGGCUGGCCUUCGGCCUGCUUUUGCACCUGAAUCUUUACCUCGAAUUGGGUCAAGCGGCAAACAUCCUGGGCGUGUUCCCGUACCGCAUUCCCUCCCCCUUUCAGAUGGUACGACCUUUGAUAAAGGCGCUAGUUGAGCGAGGGCACAAGGUAACGAUGGUCACACCCGCUGAUUAUCCGGCUAAAAUAGACGGAGUACGUCACAUACGAGUGCCAAUGCUAAACCAGCUUAUGCAGAAUCUUAUGAAAAACGACCAAUUCUUUGACGCUUUGGGUGAUAAAUGGAGGGAGGGUGUUCUCGUCUCCACGAUUUUCUACAACGUCUCCCAUGCUAUCCUGAACAAUAAUGGUGUUCAGAUGUUGAUGCGUGAUAAAAGUAUCAGGUUUGACAUGAUCAUGGUAGAAGCUAGCCACCUGGAUGCACUUUACGGAUUAGCUGAGUUCUAUAACGCCACCCUUCUGGGAAUUUCAUGUAUGCACAUGACUUGGCAUAUCGACUACUUGGCGGGAAAUCUGGCUCCGAGUGUAUAUGAACCCAUAUCCCCUAACGGUUUUGCUCUUGAUAACACGUUCUUAAGUAGAUGGUCCAAUUGGAUUUAUAUCACCGAGGAGAAGCUCCUGGAACGUCUUGUUUUCCGUCCCGCUCAGGUGCGAUUGUUUAAAAAGUUCUUCGGAUAUCCGGCGGAGAAACUAGAUGAGCUACGGGCCAGAUUCUCGGUCAUCCUUGUUAAUAGCCACUUCAGCAUGGGAAGGGUACGAGCCAAUGUGCCAAAUAUCAUUGAGGUGGCAGGAGUGCAUCUGAGCGAGCCCCCAGAGCCAUGUGGUGCAGAACUACAAAAAUAUUUGGACGAGGCGGAGCACGGCGCCAUCUACUUCUCAAUGGGCCAGGAUAUCCUGAUAAAAUAUCUGCCGGAAAAUAUGCAGAAACAGCUGCUGCUGGUCUUCCUUCAGAUGAAACAAAGGGUGAUUUGGAAAAGCGAGCUGUCCAUGCUGGCGAACAAAUCGGAAAACAUAUACGUAAUGGAUAAAGUGCCCCAGCGAAUGGUGUUGGCCCAUCCCAAUCUCCGGCUUUUUAUCACUCACGGCGGCUUGCAGAGCGUGAUGGAGGCGAUUGACAACGGGGUUCCCAUGCUGGGACUUCCACUGUUCUUCGACCAAUUCAAUAAUAUACAUCGAGUGCAGUUAGCCGGAAUGGCUAAAGUAUUGGACCCCAACGACUUGAACGCAGACACACUCAUCGAAACUAUUAAAGAGCUUCUUGAAAAUCCUAGCUAUGCCCAGAGAGCAAAAGAAAUGGCAGCGUCUUUCAGGGAUCGGCCAAUGAGUCCUCUGGACACUGCCAUCUGGUGGACGGAGUACGCUCUACGGAAUCGGGAUACUUCCCAUAUGCGUCUCAAUGUGGAGGAGAUUCCUCUUAUGCGAUACUACAGACUCGACAGCAUACUAACCUUUGGAGUUCGCCUUGGUUGCGUCUGUGGAUCGCUGAUCUUUUUGGGCUGGAGAUUGUACCAGAAGAAUCGCAAUAGGCACACAAGACUCCAAGAAAGGGAAAGAGUUAUUGCGCAGAUACAAUUGGGCUUGAGCAAUUAUGAAGUAGUAUCCUAGAUUUCUUCGAUUUUGAUUGUCCAGGUACGCGAUUUCCAGAUCUCGA